CGGAGCUUCGCGUUGCCAUAGAAACAGCAGGGCUUGGUUCCUGCAGCCCGGUGCAGGCUGCCGCCCCGCCUCGGGGACCCCAGACUGGAUUCGCUCACGUGGGAGCAUCUUUCUCUCUUACUAGGAGUAGGGAGGAUGGAGACUCUCGGGUCCUAGCGCGGAAGAGAAAGGGCAGGAGCACGAGGGCAGGAGGAGCUCUUCUCUUUACGCACCCCCCCACCUCACCCCUUUCCUCCUCCUCCUCUCUUUAUCUCUUUGCAGAAACGUCCUCCAAGUUCCUAACCUGCAAUCCUUCGUUUGGACUCCAGAUUUAUUGAACGACUACUAUGUACCGAGCUCUGGUCUUGGCUCGGAGGACCCUGCAGGAAACGAAACCACGGAAUUCUCUGCCCUCUUGAGCUUACAGACCUGUCCUAGGAAGGGAAGUGAGACUCUAAGCAAGCACAAUAUAUGGCACAUGAGCAGGUGACUGCAUUUUUUGUGAAAUUGUAAAUGUACCAUUGAAGUUACAACUAAUUUAAGAAGAAUGGAAGAAGGCCAGUUAGAAGCCUCAAAUCUUCCAGCGAACAUCUGGCAUUCUGAGGUGACAGUGUCAGUGACAGGCGAGCCACCCAGUGCUGUAGAAGAAGAAAAAGAAACAGCUGAAGAAACAGAAAAAGAAAAAGAAGUCCUCCCGGAAAUCGUAGAGCCACUCUCCAUUCUAGAUGUGCUGAGGAUCUCUGCAGUUCUGGAAGAUACUGCAGACCAGCUCUCUAUUCUAAACUAUAUCAUGCCAGUUCAGUAUGAAAGAAAACAAAGUGUCAUCAUGAAGAAAAACAAGAGCUUAGAAAAACUUGCAGAGGCCCCAAGAACCUCAAGAUUGUCCAGUCCAUUCUUACCUAAAGAAGAAAGCAAGUUGCCAGAAAUCAAAAAAGGAAGCCAAUUUACCGAUGAAUUUAACAAAUUGCAAGAUCUUGUCUUCAAAAAACUUACAAGACAAACCAUAAUGUCUACGGAGAUACUGAAGAAAAUUCAGAUUGAUAGGCAAUUUUUCAGUGAUAUAAUUACAAAGACCAUGCAGGAGUUAGAAGAGUCAGGCACUUUCACCAGUCUUCUGGAAGCUCUGGGCAAAGAAAGAGAAAACAAAAUGCAUUUCUAUGAUAUCAUUGCCAGGGAGGAAAAAGGAAAAAAACAGAUAAAAUCUCUUCAAAAACAUCUAUUUACUGUCAAAAAGGAACGGCAAGCUGAAAUACAGAGUCGGAAUGAAUAUAUUGCUCACCUCAAGGACCAGUUGCAAGAGAUGAAGGCAAAAACCAACAUGGAAAAUCGCUAUAUGAAGAGAAACACUGAUCUGCAGAUCUCCCAGACCCAGAAGAAAUGUAACAGAACCGAGGAGCUCUUGCUGGAGGAGAUAGAGAAACUGAGGUUGAAAACCGAAGAAGAGAACAGGAUUCAUAUGGAGAUUGAAACGUUCCUUAAGAAGGAGCAGCAGAAACUUGAGGAGAAACUAGAGUUCUGGAUGGAGAAAUUUGAUAAGGACACAGAAAUGAAACAGAAUGAACUAAAUGCUCUCAAAUCUGCUAAGGCCAGCGACUUAGCACACCUUCAAGAGCUUGCAAAGACGAUACGGGAGUAUGAACAGGUCAUCAUUGAAGACCGGACAGAAAAGGAGAAGACCAGGAAGAAGAUAGAACAGGAGGACUUGGAAUUAAAGAGCAUCAUCAAGCUCCAGGCCUGGUGGCGUGGCACUAUGGUAAGGAGGGAAAUUGGUGGUUUCAAAAUGCCUAAGAAGGACAAAGAUGAUGUCAAGGAUUCAAAAGGUAAAGGCAAGGACAAGAACAAGCGGACAGGCAAGAAAAAGUGAUGGAGUUCUCUCGUCUUUUCCUCUGGUAUUCUGGAGAUGGGAAGGAGGACUUGAAGGGAGGGAGGAAGAAAUAUGUUAGCAGUACAGAGAAUUUGUAUCUACAGGUUGUUUCUUAUUGGACAUUCCCAGGUACUGCCUGGUUCUUUCACUUUGCCUGUUGUAUUAAUUUUCAAACCCUGAUUUAGGAGUAUACCAUCGACUUAGGGCUUCUUCAGAUUUUGAAAAACUUUUGCUGGGAAGUAUUUCUAGGAGCCUUGCAAAGAUCCCUCUUGCUUUUCCUCACCAGAAGAAAGUUCACGGGCUUAGUUAUUGUGAUGCAUUAAAACUUCAGUAAUUUCUGUAA